AUGGACGACUUUGACCUUGAACUCGACGAAUUGGAGCUAGUGGCAGCUGCUGCGGGCUACCAUUACUACACGAGCAUCACGAGGCAGCCCGCCCGUGGCCUGUCCCCAAAAGGGUCGGGCUUCAUGAACGAGGUCCUCCAUGGUAAUGACGAUUUGUGCCGUGGGAUGUUCCGGAUGGACUGCCACGUGUUCCUAAAGCUUAGUAACACCCUCAGGCAUAGGGGCAUGCUGCGUGACACAGCUGGCGUCAUGAUAGAGGAGCAGCUCGCCAUAUUCUUGAAUGUUAUUGGCCGAAACGAGCGUACCCGGGUGAUUCAGGAACGCUUCCAGCACUCGGGGGAGACAAUAAGCCGGCAUUUUAACAAUGUUUUGAAGGCAGUCAAGUCCCUGUCACGAGAGUUCCUCCGCCCGCCAUCCCUUGAGACCCCGCCGGAGAUCCUAAGGAGCAACAGGUUCCACCCGUAUUUUGAGGACUGUAUUGGAGCAAUAGAUGGCAUGCAUAUCCCGGCCUACGUUCCCGCAAAAGAUCAAGCUAGAUUUCGCAACAGGAAAGGGGUUUUAUCGCAAAAUGUGUUGGCAGCUUGCACUUUUGAUCUCCAGUUCAUAUUUGUCUAUCCUGGGUGGGAAGGCUCGGCUUCGGAUUCACGCGUGUUAAGAGCAGUUCUAAGCGAUCCAGAUCAGAACUUCCCUCAAGUUCCCCAAGGCAAAUAUUACCUCGUGGAUUUGGGGUACGAGAACAUGGAUGGGUUCAUUGCGCCUUACGAGGGGGUGCGGUACCACCCAAACGAGUACCGAGGCGCCAAUCUCCUGCCGAGGAACGCUAAGGAGCUGUUCAACCACCGCCACUCGUCUCUGAGCGUUGCCAUUCGCAAGUCCUUUAAUCUCUUGAAGGAGAGGUUCUCAAUUCUUAAAUGCCCCCCUCAGUACGCAUUCCACACGCAGCGGGACAUCGUGAUAGCUGCGUGUGUCCUCCAUAACCACAUCCGGCGAGAGGAAAGGGACGAUUGGCUUUUCAGCGGUGUCGAUGGCAUCGGUGGGGUGGACGAUGCCGCGGGAGUUGCUGACGAGCAGGCAGACGAUUUGCAUCAGUCAGGCUUCUCGAUUCAUGAACAGGUGGCAGCUUCGCAUAGGGACUCGAUUGCGGCAGCUAUGUGGAACGACUUCAUGAACAAGUGGGACGAGUGGUGA